AUGCUCAAGGACUUGGGUAUCGAAUGGGUGAUUCUUGGUCACUCGGAAAGGCGUCACAUUUUUGGAGAGUCGGAUCAGCUCAUUGCUGAAAAGACUGUCCACGCACUUGAAUCUCACAUCAACGUCAUUUUCUGCAUCGGUGAGAAACUAGAGGAAAGAGAAGCAGGCAAAACGAAAGAGGUAAACUUCCGGCAACUGCAAGCUCUAGUUGACAAAAAGGUUGACUGGACAAAUAUUGUUAUCGCUUAUGAGCCAGUAUGGGCUAUUGGCACGGGAAAGACAGCAACUCCUGAUCAGGCGCAAGAGGUCCACCUCUGGAUUCGCGAGUUUUUGAAAGAGAAGGUUUCUCCUGAAGUGGCCGAGAAGACCCGCAUCAUCUAUGGAGGUUCUGUUACUGCCGAAAACUGUGUUGAAUUGGGAAAGAAGCCUGACAUUGAUGGUUUCUUGGUCGGAGGUGCUUCACUUAAGCCCGAUUUCAUUAAGAUCAUCAACGCUCGUAAAUGA